AUGUGGUUGGAAAAACAUCUUCGGCAGAGACAGAUCCUGAACACCUCUAACAUGAAGUUUAUUCAUGUUCUUCUGUCACUUUUGUGCUUCUACUUAGGUUUUUACAGGGUCACUUCAACAUCAAAUGCAUCUCCAGAGGAUCUGGUGGAGAAGAAAUGUUUAACGAAAAAAUACACACAUCUCUCCUGCAGUAAAGUCUUUUGCCAGCCGUGGCAGAAAUGCAUUGAUGGAACCUGUGUUUGUAAACUCCCCUAUCAGUGCCCAAAGAACGGUACCUCAGUGUGUGCAACUAAUGGCAAAAGCUACCCAUCUUACUGUCACCAAAAGAGUUUUGAAUGUCUUCAUCCAGGGACAAAGUUUUUAAAUCAUGGAAAAUGCACACCUGAAGGAAAAUUCAAUGUUUCUUUGAAGUAUGGAAAUACAGACUCAGAGGGAAUUGUUGCAGUAAAACUUGUGGAACAAGAUAAGAGUAUGUUCAUAUGUAAGAGAAGCUGGAGCAUAAGGGAAGCCAACGUAGUCUGCUUUGACCUUGGAUUUCAACAAGGUGCUGUUGAUGUUCAAGGAAGAUUCCAUUUUCCUGAAAAUCUCCAUAUAAAUUCCACUGAAUGUCUGAAUGUGCGUUGUCAAGGAUUAGAGACCAGUUUGGCUGAAUGUACUUUUACUAAGAGAAGAAAUAAGGGUUACCAGAGUUUAGCUGGUGUGGUGUGUUUCACACAGAAUGCAGGUUCUCCAAAAAAUGAGUCCUUUCAAUGUGUGAAUGGGAAAAACAUUCCUUGGAAAAAGGCCUGUGAUGGUAUCAAUGAUUGUGGAGACCAAAGUGAUGAGCUGUGCUGUAAAGGGUGCCAAGGGAAAAGUUUCCUUUGCAAAUCGGGUGUUUGUAUUCCACACCAGCAUAUAUGCAAUAAUGAGUUGGACUGCAUUACAGGAGAAGAUGAAGUUGGCUGUGAAGAAGCUGACCAUCAUGCAGUUCAAGGCUUUUUAGCUGUGGCUCAAGAAGCAACAAAAAUUUUGGCUGUUGAUAUGGAUGCAGAAAGAAAACGGAUAAAAUCGUUAUUACCUAAGCUCUCCUGUGGAGUUAGAAAAAACUUGCAAACUCGAAGGAAACGAAUCGUGGGAGGAAAGCCAGCUCAAGUGGGGGAAUUUCCAUGGCAAGUGGCAAUUAAGCAUGACAAUAGAAUCAACUGUGGGGGAAUUUACAUUGGUGGCUGUUGGGUUCUGACUGCUGCACAUUGUGUCAGAGCCAAUAAAGCUCACCAGUACCAAAUAUGGACAGGAUUGCUAAAUUGGAUAGUACCGAACUCUGAGCUAAUAGUUGAAUUAGUGAAUAAAAUUAUUAUCCAUGAAAACUACAAUGGAACCACCUACCAAAAUGACAUAGCUUUGAUUGAAAUGAAAAAACGUCCAAGCCAAAAACAGUGUGAUCUCCCUAAUUCCGUACCUGCCUGCCUCCCCUGGUCUCCAUAUCUAUUUCAACCUAAUGAGAGAUGCAUCAUUUCUGGCUGGGGUCGAGAAAAAGAUAAUCAAAAAGUCUACUCACUUAGUUGGGGUGAAGUUAACCUUUUAAGCAACUGCUCUAAGUUUUAUGGAGAUCGCUUCUAUGAAAAAGAAAUGGAAUGUGCAGGUACAAAUGAUGGUUCCAUCGAUGCCUGUAAAGGAGACUCUGGAGGCCCCUUAGUCUGUAAGGAUAUCAACAAUGUGACCUACGUUUGGGGCAUUGUGAGUUGGGGUGAAAACUGUGGAAAACCAGAGUUCCCAGGUGUUUAUACCAAAGUGGCUAAUUAUUUUGACUGGAUUAGUUAUCAUGUGGGAAGGUCUCUUAUUUCUAGGUAUAAUAUAUAAGAUUGUGAUCUUCCUUUUUUGCCCUUUAUCUCUCAGGAGUUCCAUUUUAAUUGAAAGUAAGCUGUAUAAUCAGUGCUUCUGUAGGGGAAAAAUUGAAGCAAAUCUUAUCGGAUAUUUUAAAAUAUCUUUAUAGUGUUCAUGCUGUGUUGGAGUUUUACUGUACAGUUUUCAAAUAAAUAUUUUGAUCAAGCAUA